CAGCUGGGCGCGGCGGGGUGCGGGGGGUAAAGAGCAGAGCAGAGCGGAGCGGAGCAGAGCAGAGCAGCCGUCGUGGUCGCACCUUCGCCUCCGCCCGCCGAGCCGAUGGAAGCCGUCAGGAUGAACUACAGGUCGGCGUGGAGCCCGAUCGGCAUCGUGCGCUUCUUGGAGAUCUUCCUGUCCUGCGUGGCCUUCAGCCUGGUGGCCAGCGCCGGCGCCUACGCGGGCUCCUACGGGGCCUGGUGCAUGUUCUCCUGGUGCUUCUGCUUCGCCGUGUCCGUGCUGAUCGUGCUGCUCGAGCUCUUCGGGCUGCAGGAGAAGGUCCCGAUCUCCUGGGAGGACUUCACCACGGCCUUCGCCAUGCUGGCCACCUUGAUGCAGCUCACGGCGUCCAUCAUUUAUCCGGUGGAGUUCCUGAACGGCGCGGGCGCCCACUCGUACAAGGCGGCGGCCACCGCCAUGUCGUGCCUGUGCUUCGUCGCCUACGCGGUGGAGGUGGGCCUGACCCGGGCCAAGCCGGGCGAGAUCAGCGGCUUCCUCACCACCGUGCCGGGCCUGCUCAAAGUUCUCGAGUCCUUCGUGGCCUGCAUCAUCUUCAUCUCCAUCAACGACUACGCCCGCAGCCCCGGGACGCAGUGGUGCCUGGCGGUCUACUGCAUCUGCUUCAUCUUCGCCGUCGUCAUCAUGCUCUUCACCAUCUUCCGCAUCAUCUCCUACUUCCCCUUCUCCUUCGACAAGGUCCUCAUGGGCUACAACGUCUUGGCCAUCGCCCUUUACGCGUCCGCCUCCAUCAUCUGGCCGAUCUUCUGCUUCGACAAGGCGCACGGCGGCACCAGCCCUCGCCCGGCCAACUGCGGCAGCGGGUGCCCCUGGGACGGCCAGGUGGUCGUGGCCGUCCUCAGCUUCGUCAACCUGGUGGUGUACGUGGUGGACGCGGUCUACUCCGUCCGCCUGGUCUUCUUCAUCGCCCCGGCGUGACGCCCCCUUUUCUGCAGGACCCCCAUGGACUCGGGGCUCGGACUCUGCCUUGGCACCUGUCUUACUGAUUAAUGGCUGCGAUGUAAAAACGUCAACCGCGUGGGCGCAAUAAAAUGUUUGCCAAGCGACCUCGGCUUGAAUGGAGUCAGUCAGGUGGGAUUGUCGGGCACCUGCCAGGCGCUGGGCCCCCCAUUACCUGCUCUGGUCGCGUCACCUACAAAGAAUGGGCAGCACUGGCGUGCCAUGGGAGAGGCCACCAGCCA